AGAAUACCAACACGUCCCCUCGAUUACAAUUUUAGAGUACACGUUAACCUUUUCAUUAUUGUCAUGUUUUUUUUUUAAAAAAUUAUUGGAUCCCAAAUCCUUUUGAGUAUACCGACAAUGGCGACAAUGGCGCUAUAUUUUAGCCUCUAAGCAAAUAGAAGUAGCCAUUGAAACCCCAUAACCGCAAUAUUUGCUUCUGUUGCUGUUCUGUUGGCUUCAAUUUUACUGUUACACCUAAAACUACAUCAAAAUUCAAAUUAUUUCAUUCCAAUAUUUUAGGGUUUUUUUUUAAUAGGUGCGGAUAGACUUGUUAAGUCUCUGCAUUUUGAUUAUUGUUACGAUCUAGAGAUAAUUUGGACGAUCUAUGGAAAUCGGAUCUUAUCCAUUCAAAUAAUGCAUUUUGAAUUUCAAUUUUGGCGCUUCUGGGUUCUUGUAAUUUCGAUGUUUUGAUCAAGUCAACUGAAUAGGAUUUUUGAUUUUGUUUUGAUUGGAGGUCAAAAUUGAAGAGAUACGUUGUUCUGCGGAUUUGAUUGUGAAUGUGAUUUGUACGAUGUUGAAUUAGAGCGGAGAACAAUACCAACUUCGAGGAUGGCAUCUGCUCAAGUUAUGUCUAAUCCAGCAGUUUCGUCUCGAAAAAAGAAGGAUUUGGAAGCUGGUAGAAAAAGGCUGGAAGAAUUUAGAAAGAAGAAGGCAGCGACUAAAAAGGCAGUGUCAAUUAGCCAAUCUUGUAUUGAUGAUGCUACAUCAUGUGACAAACAAUUAUCAGAGGAUGGACAUGCACCGACUCUCAAUUCUACCAAUGCUCUUACUGAUAAUAGCUUUAGUGCAGUCACCGGAGCUCCGGGUGUUUCUGAUCAUAAUGACAAAUUUCAUGUUUUCUCUCAUUCUAAUGGGUCUGAUACAAUUCCUCGUGUGCGUUUUGAUACAAAAAAUGAUGAUUUGAGUUCUUCUGAUUUGUUCAAGCUGCCACAAGGGGAGCGCAGCCAUGAAAUUCCAGGCUUGAAGUACCAAACAGAUUCCAACUUUUCUGAACAAACAGAUGACAGUUUUGGUAACUUUGGUAAUGACACUGGUGAAGGGCGAUAUGCAAAUAUACUAUCAUCAAGUAGACCUAGUGCUUCUCAAGAUUAUAGUAAAGGUGAUUCUAACUCAAGUUUGUAUGGAUUUGGAAAAGACUUUCUGAAUACAAGUGUGAGCAUUAAUGAUGUUGCUGCGAAAGAAUAUACUGAGGGACUUGUUACCACUGUAUCAGAUCCAGUGCAAUUGAGUAAUUUUCCGGCAUCUGCUUCAAAGCUCCAUCAUAGCCAUCUGAACUUAAAGAAUUAUUCAAUGUUUGGAUCGGAGGAGAAGAAGCAACAUGUAUUAGGAGAUUUUGGAAGUCAACAAACUUCUGAAAGGCAUUCGACAGGUUUUAAUUCUGAUGCUGCUGGUUUGUUUGAUAUUCAAUCGCAUUCAGCUGUGGCUGAAUCAAAUCCCCGAAGAUCUCGUCCAUCUUUCCUUGAUUCUCUAAACAUUAAAGAUUCAUCUUUACCUGGUCGAUCUUUUGUUGAUAAAGACAAGUUUAGAGACUCAGAGUUUUCCAUUGGCAGUUCUGCUGCAUCAUCCGCAAUUCACAUUCCAUCUAUUGAUCCCCUUCCAACACCAGCAUCUUAUAAAUCAAAUGAUGUUAUCUUCGGCAAUGAGUCCAAGCAACAGAAUUCAUUUGGGCGAGACUUGGAAAAUAAGCUGGACUUCACUUCAAAGAAACAAAAUGAAGAUUUUGCUGCUCUGGAACAGCACAUUGAAGAUUUGACUCAAGAGAAGUUCUCUUUGCAACGCACAUUGGAGGCUUCUAAGGUUUUAGCAGAGUCAUUGGCUUCUGAAAAUUCCUCGUUGACGGAGAGCUACAAUCAGCAGGCAAGCAUUGUGAACCAGUUAAAGGAUGAGAUGAAAAGAUUGCAGGCUGAAAUCAAGGACCGGUUGGUUGAGCUUGAGGCUAUCAAGGCUGAAUAUAUGAAUGCACAACUUGAGUGUAAUGCAGCUGAUGAGCGGGCAAAGCUAUUGGCUUCUGAAGUCAUUAGCUUGGAGGAGAAGGCCCUUAGGCUGAGAUCUAAUGAGCUGAAGUUGGAGAGAGAAUUGGAAAACUCGAGUGCUGAAAUUGCUUCCUACAAGAAGAAAAUGUCUAGCCUUGACAAAGAGCGUAAGGAUUUGCUUCAAACCAUUGAUGCGCUACAAGAAGAGAAGAAGUUGUUCCAGUCUAAAUUACAGAGAGCUUCUGCUAGUGGAAUUUCAGUUGAUGUUAAUAACAGACAUACAAAGAAAGAUGUUUCAACUUCGACUAAUGAUUUAGGUCUUGAUUCUACUGGAGAUAGCUCUGAACAAACUUCUACAAACUUACAAAUGCUUGACGAUGCAAGCGACCUGGUGCUUCUACAGAAUAGUUUUUCUGGUCAUGAAGAUUUUUCUAUGAGUAUCCCUCCGGAUCAAGUGCAAAUGAUUCAAAAUAUCAAUUCCCUUGUUACUGAGAUACAAUUGGAAAAAGAAGAGUUGAUGCAAGCUUUGAUCACUGAAGUCUCGACAAGUACUAAGUUGAAGGAAUUGAAUAAGGACCUAUCUCAGAAACUAGAAAUCCAGACUCAAAGACUAGAGUUGUUGACUGCCCAAAGCAUGGCAAUCGAGAAUAUUGCUAUCAAGCAGUCAACUGUUUCUCACAUUGUUGAGGAAAGUGCUUCAUAUGCUGAUGAAGGCGACGAGGUGGUGGAACGGGUGCUUGGAUGGAUUAUGAAACUUUUUCCGGGAGGACCGUCAAAACGAAGAACCAGCCGACUUUAAGUUGAGUACAGAGCUUCGAUUUUUAAUUAGCCAUUCUUGUUUAACCACAUUUUGAGUGCUAGAGUUGGUUGAUAUAUACUGUAUAUUUUGUGUGACGUUUAGCUUAUUCUUUUCAGUUGAGGGAAAAAAAAAAAUCGAGUCUCAUUUUCAUACCGCGAACAGGUUUGGUAAAUCCAAAGAGUACCAUUUCUUUCUUUUGUGACUGGAAGUCCAGGAAUUUGUCACUAGUUCUUUGGUUGAACAAUUGAGCACCAAUUUUACAAGGAAAAUUUAUUGAUGGUAAACUUGGUUCGUUUA